CCGACUGUGAUUGGAUGUUUUUUGUUCCUCUUCAAUCCUUUUUCAUGCAUUCGUGAUUUGACUGAUAAUCGAAUGAAUAUAUGUGGAGGCAUUCGAGUUCAUAGGACGUUAUCUCGUUUCCAGCGUGUCGUUCCCAGGACAUUUGUAACCAGGAAGUAAAACACUAUGCACUUCGCUAGUUGUCUGUACCAUAUAUGCCCGAAAUUAGUCUAAUAACUUUACUAAAUCUGGACGCGAGUGUUAUCGAUCGAGUCAUGUUUUAUGGUUUAGGGGCUCGGUGUUUAUGUUCCUGAGGCAUUACAUGGAGGUCCUGCUGAUAUGAUAUGCGCGAGUAUGUGGUUUGCUCAUUCGAUAGCUUAUUAAGGAGUAAGGUCUUGCCCUGGAGGAGACACUACAGAUUUCGCAUUACAGAGAUCCAUCAGAGGUGUUUGAUUCACCACAGAAUGAGUAAAAAAAUGGAGGAGCUUUCUCCCAUGGAUGACUCCGGGCAAGGUGAUGGGUCUGGGGACUCAGAGGAAGAUGAUGAGCCUAAAAUUUGUCAAGUAUGUGGUGACAAAUCCACUGGCUACCACUUUAAUGCCAUGACCUGUGAGGGAUGCAAAGGCUUCUUUAGGCGUGCCAUGAAGAAACCGACAAAGUUCUGCUGCCCAUUUCAGAACGCCUGUGUCAUUACCAAGAGCAACAGGAGGCAGUGCCAGUCCUGCCGUCUUCAGAAAUGUCUCUCAAUUGGAAUGAAGCAAGAGUUGAUCAUGUCUGAUGAGGCCGUGGAGAAACGGAGGUUGCAGAUCAGAAGGAAGAGGGUGCAGGAAGAACCUGUCAUGCUUACCCCUCAACAGGAAGCAGUUAUUCAGGAACUGCUCACUGCGCAUCAGAAGACCUUUGACAUGACCUGUGCACACUUCAUACAGUUCCGGCCUCUAGAUCGAGAUUUAAAGGGGAUAUCUAACAACAAUCAAGAGCAAAACAACAGAAAGUAUUCUCAAACCAUGAGAAAAGCAGAGGCUGACAUUUCCGCAUUUCGACUUUUCUCCACCUCGCCACCCAUUUCCUCCAGAUCUCAAGCAGUGGAAACUAAAGAGGUGAAGCAACUCAGCAGCAGCAUUUUCACCUCUCUGCCACAUUUUACAGACCUCACCACAUACACGAUCAAGAAUGUCAUCAACUUUGGCAAGGCACUCACAAUGUUCAGGGCGCUGAACAUAGAGGACCAGAUCUCGCUGCUAAAAGGCGCAACCUUUGAAAUCAUUCUGAUUCACUUCAACAUGUUCUUUAAUGAGGAGACCAACAUUUGGGAGUGUGGACCUCUUCAAUACUGCAUGGAUGAUGCCUUUCGAGCUGGUUUUCAGAGUCAUCUGCUGGAUCCCAUGAUGAAUUUCCAUUGCACACUGCGCAAGCUGCACUUGCAUGAGGAGGAAUAUGUUCUGAUGCAGGCCAUCUCACUCUUCUCACCAGAUCGCCCUGGUGUGACACAUCACAAAGUGAUUGACAGUAACCAGGAAACACUUGCUCUCACCCUGAAGACCUACAUUGAGGCCAAGAGGACAGAACCGGAGAAACAUCUGCUGUACCCAAAGAUCAUAGGGUGCCUGACUGAAAUGAGAACUAUGAAUGAGGAGUACACAAAACAAGUGCUCAAAAUCCAGGACAUUCAGCCAGACAUAUCUCCAUUGUUGCUGGAAAUCAUAAGCAAGAACAGCUAAAUCUUAACAGAGGAGAUCCUAUUCAGGUAAUGUGCAUGUCGUUGCUGGAUUGACCUUCAUUUGAGAACAUGGAAAGUAUUUUAAAGGAGCCAUGAACGACAGUCAAGACUAGCAAGGAAAAGGAUUGUGUGGCUAAUGUUACUGAACUACUGAACAGCAGCAUACUGUAUGUUGUACAGAUAUUACUGCUUGUGAAAUUGUAUUUUUGUACAUCUCGCUGAAUGCGGUUCUGUUGCAAUUGAAUAUGACAAGCAAACUUUCUUCUGAAAACUAUUUUUGUGGUUCAUACCCACAUGAAGAAUGGCACAUGUGAUUCUUUACGGAACAUUAAUUAAGCCUAAAAAAUGUUCUCAUAGGUUUCGGUAAUAUACCAGCACUUGAUCAAAACCCAGGGAUUUACGUCAUAAGCCUUGAAUGGUAUUCACAAGAUAUUCUAUUAUAGACAGCUACUAUGGCAGCAGAAGAUCACAAACUUUGUCAAAAAAAAAACACAUUGUGAUGCAUAUAGUCAUUUGUGUUUAUGGUUUGUUUUGAUGUUUUAAGAAAUCUGUUAUUUAUUAUAUUUUUAAAAACAAAAUAGUGAAAGUAAAUCUUUUGGCCUUUUAUGUUCAGAGGAGACCAUGUGUCCAUUUUUGUCCAUAUUUCAACCCACAAUCGUAUGACUUAUAUAUUACAAGAAGUAAUGAGAACUUUUGAGAAAUGUGCUUGCGUAAUUUUACCACACUGCAACUCUGAUUUUCCCUAAAAAGGUCUUUUUUUGUUUUGUUGUUUUGAGUUGUGUUAUUGUGUUAGUUUGUCUGUUGUGAUUUUCUUACACUGUAUUUUGAAAAAAAAACUGUAUUUUGAGUAAUGUUUGGAUGUUUACCAUUUAAAAAAAAUCCAUGACAUUUUUAAAAGAGACUAUGUUGGGUCAUCGUAUCGAUACAGGGAAAUUAAUGUCAGUGGUGACAGACAUUGCAUACAGAUAGCAAAAAGUAUAUUUUGCCAGGACUGUAUCUGAAGGUUUAUAGGGGCCUUUUCUGUCUGGAUCUUGCUAUUCUAAUUUAAAGGGAUAGUUCUGCCAUUCACUCACCCUCUAGUCAAUUUAAACCUGUAUGACUUUCUUCUGCAAAACAAAAAAUAUAGUUUGUAGAAUGUUAGAAACCGAACAGCAGCAGUACCCAUUAACUUCUGCUGUUGUUCCAUUUCCAACAUUCUUUAAAAUAUCUAAUUUUGUGCUUUGCAGAAAAAAAGAAAGUCAGGUUUGAAAUGACAAGAGGGUGAGUAAAUCAUGAAAGAUUUCGUUUUUUGAAUGACUAUUUCCCUAAAAAUGACCAUGAGUGUAAAUAUUUUAUGUUAAAUAAUAAUGUUUCAUAACGAUCUAGAAACCGUAAAGCAUUCUGAACGGACAGGGCGUGAAGUUGCUUUUUAAUAUUUGCAUCAAAUAAAAGCAAUCGAAACAUAUAGGCACCAGGUAUUAACUUGCAGCAAAAACUGUUUCCAAAUGUUUUUCUUUGACAUGCCUGUGUAGAUUAAGCAAAUUGGUUAUUCCUAGAUUGCAAAUUGAUGGGUUUGUAUUAUAAAUUGAAGAAGCACAUAACAUGUAACACUCAGGUUUGUAACUUUUACAUUUAAAGUGCCCCUCUCAGGAAAUAAAUUGCAACGAUGUGUACAACA